CAAAUCUAAACUUGACUGAGCAAAGUCAAAAUCACUUCAUUUAUCAGUUUAUCAAUUGCCUCCGUGCUACAAUCUCCCCAAACGACCAAAAUUUAUCUACCGGUAAAAUUCAGGUGCAGGAAACACUCGGACUUCGAUAAACAAGGUGAUCUUUCUAUUAAGUCUGAUCGUCUAACUGAAGCAUUCCUUCGAGUCCUCUGGUAGCUCUCACCAUUGUAGUGCGAUCGAGCCGUACUAUUAAUAAAAAAAACCAUGGCUCGGCUCAGAGACUCACGCUCACCAACUCCAGCAGGAAGCCAGCCAUCCUCCAGAAGGCAUCGCAGAGAUGACGAUAGAAGGGAUCGAGACCGAUUUCGGGACCGAGACCGGGAUCGGGAUCGUCGAGACUACGGACGCGAUACAAGACGCUGGAGUCGCUCUCGGAGCCCCCACGAUCGUCGUAAUCGCGACCGGGACCGCGACCGGGAUAGAGACCAUGACAUCCGCCGCCGCGAUCGUUCCGUAGACCGUCGAGAUGACGACGACUAUUAUCGAGGUGCAAGAGACCGCAGGCGCUCGCGUGAUCGCCUUGCAGAUAGGGAAAUAGAUCGCUCCAAUCAGCCUCGCCGGCGCAGAAGCCGUGACCGUGAUGGUGAUAGAGAUCACCGAAGCAGGCGAGACGACUCCCGUGAUCGAGGCAGAGGACGACGCGAAGGUACUGCUGACUCUCAUCCGCGCAGUAGGCGAGGUGAUAGCCGCGAGCGCGGCGCGGCUCCAAACGAUACCAACAAAGCGAAGCCAUCAGAUGUGGAAUCAAAGCCAAAGCCUGCUCCAGCCCAGUCUGACACCGACAAAAAGGCCGAACGCCUCGCCAAGUUGGCAGCAUGGAAAAAAAAGCAGGAGGAGAAGGAGAAGGAGAAGCAAAAAGAGCCGACCCCAGGUGGAACUCGGAAACUUCUCGCAGAGAUGGACGAAAAGGCUAAUACUGCGCCCUCCAACACGACACCUAUAGGAGUUUCUCCGACGCCAAUAUCACCCGCCGACACGCAGGCUGCCUCACCAACCACCCCAUACGCCGGUAAAUUUGAUCCCAAAGCUAUUGCCAAAAAAUCUGCCCCUAAAGCGCACUCAACUAUCACGCCUAAGCUAGGUGCCGUUGCGGGCCAACAGCCAUCUAUAACCCUUAAUGCGGGAGCACAGGCCUCAAAUGCGUCUGCUCUUCCGCAAAGCAGAGCAAAAACGAGUGGUUUCGGUUUCCACAAACAAAAUGCGGAAACUGAGAAAGUUCCUCAGAAGCGAAAGUUGAUACUGGAUGAAGAAGAGACGUCAGACAGAAAACUUGCUAAGCUACCCUCCUUACCCCUCAGUGACGUUGAUGAUACACCCUAUGCGAAUCAGGACGAAGAGGAAGACGACGAUGCUGAUCCUUUCGCUGGUGAUGAAGAGGAAGAAGCCGCCGCAGCCCGAGCAGCUCAAGAGAGGCGGGAGGAGCGUAUCGCGCAAGAGAACGCACAGCAGACAACGGAAAUGCAGGUUGAUCAAGAGGGAGCAGUAGCCCCCGAAACCAAUGGUAUCGCCCAGAAUAACCAACCGGAUGAUGUUAUGGAAGUUGAUGAGGAUGAUGUUGAUCCUCUAGACGCUUUCAUGAACGGCCUCGAGACAAAGCCUGCUACUACUAAUUCACGUCCUAAAGCAAGCCUUGGCCAGGGUAAAGAUUUACAAGAGCCAGAAGCGUAUUUUAGCGACGAUGGGUAUGACUAUCGAAAUGAGAAUGUGGAUCCUGAUUCGUUCUUGGCCAUCGCGGCGAAAGCUCGCAAGAAGAAAGACAUCCCAUCAGUUGACUACAGCAAACUUGACCUGGACCCUGUCCGAAAGAAUUUCUGGGUCGAACCAUCUGAGUUGGCAGAGAUGACAGACGUCGAGUUAGCGGACCUGCGCGUUGAACUAGAUGGUAUCAAGGUAUCUGGUAAGGACGUACCAAAGCCUGUUCAAAAAUGGUCUCAAUGUGCGCUUUCACGGAAAACGCUCGAUAUUAUUGACAGCUUAGGAUAUGAAAAGCCUACGCCGAUCCAAAUGCAAGCAUUUCCUACGAUCAUGUCUGGUCGAGACGUUAUCGGUGUGGCAAAGACCGGUUCGGGAAAAACACUCGCUUUCCUAUUGCCUAUGUUCCGGCAUAUUAAGGAUCAGCGGCCUCUCAAGGAGAACGAGGGCCCUAUCGGUUUAAUCAUGACUCCUACUCGUGAACUAGCUACUCAGAUUUUCAGGGACUGCAAACCGUUCCUUAAGUCCAUGAAUCUUCGCGCAGUCUGCGCAUAUGGUGGCGCGCCCAUCAAAGAUCAUAUCGCGGAGUUAAAGAGAGGCGCAGAAGUUGUGGUUUGUACCCCAGGUCGUAUGAUUGACCUGCUGGCAGCCAACCAAGGUCGCGUAACUAACUUAAAGAGGGUUACUUACGUCGUCCUCGACGAGGCAGACAGAAUGUUUGAUAUGGGUUUCGAGCCUCAGGUAAUGAAGAUCUUCGCGAAUAUGCGACCCGACCGCCAGACAAUCCUUUUCUCGGCCACCAUGCCUCGUAUCAUGGACGCGCUAGCUAAGAAAGUGUUGAAUAAUCCCGUAGAGAUUACCGUAGGAGGGAAGAGCGUUGUGGCCCCUGAAAUCACGCAAGUUGUCGAGAUCCGGGAGGAAAACACUAAAUUCGUUCGCCUCCUCGAGCUUUUGGGCGAGCUUUACGACAUAGACGAGGAUGCUCGAGCACUAAUAUUUGUAGACCGCCAGGAGAAGGCAGAUGAUUUACUAAAGGAACUGUUGCGCAAAGGCUAUCCUUGCAUGUCAAUUCACGGUGGAAAGGACCAGAUAGACAGAGACUCGACCAUCAUAGAUUUCAAAGCUGGAGUUAUCCCGGUCCUGAUCGCGACGUCUGUGGCGGCCCGUGGUCUCGAUGUCAAGCAACUCAAACUGGUCGUCAAUUACGAUGCCCCGAAUCAUCUCGAAGAUUAUGUGCACCGUGCAGGCCGUACCGGUCGUGCUGGCAACAAAGGAACAGCAGUCACGUUUAUAACGAGAGAGCAAGAGAACUGCGCGCCGGGAAUCGCAAAGGCCCUAGAGCAAAGUGGACAAGAAGUCCCAGCGGAGCUGGAUGAAAUGCGUAAAGCAUUUAGGGACAAGGUGAAAUCCGGCAAAGCCAAAGAUCAAUCUGGGUUUGGCGGCAAAGGAUUGGAGAGGCUUGACCAGGAGAGAGAAGCAGCCCGACUCAGAGAGCGAAAAUCUCAUCGGACAGAAGGCGACGAGGAAGAGGAAAAGAAGGAGGAGAAAAAGGGCGAGGACAAGAAGGGCGACAAGGCGUUGUCGGCUAUUCAAACAGCUGCCUCGGGUAUCAUCUCCCGCGACGCUGCUACUCCCAAGAUCGAUCUCGAACCAAAGUUUACUAUUCACAAAAGGGAAGAUGCUGCGCCACCUGCUAGCGCUAACAAUCCUUUGGAUAAGGUGUCUUCUGCGAUCAACGCCAUCAAUGCUCGUUUGGGCCGCACAGGCCAGCUGAGACCAGGUCAACCGAUCGACAACAAAGGCCCAGAUGCAGGUGCAUUCCAUGCAACUCUUGAAAUUAACGACUUCCCACAAAAAGCACGUUGGGCCGUCACUAACAGAACUAAUGUCGCCAAAAUUCUUGAAGCCACUGGAACGUCCAUUACCAACAAGGGAACGUUCUAUCGACCUGGGCAGGAGGUACCACCUGACGGUGAACCCAAGCUUUACAUUCUGGUGGAAGGCGAUACUGAGCUGAUGGUGGCUAACGCCAUGGCUGAGCUCACUCGCUUGCUCAAGGAGGGUACCAUUGCGGCCGCUGAUGCGGACAACAGGGCUCCUAUUGGUGGUAGGUAUACUGUUACUUAGAAGAAGCGUGACAUCGGGUGUCCUAUGGUAUAUUAUCGUGAACUCGGAGCGCUACUGUACUUGUUUACGAGAGGAUUUUGUUUGGCGUUUGGCAGAUUGAAGGAUAGGGCAGACGUACACAGUCAAAUCGAAUGAAGUGU